AACCAUAAUACAAUUUUAUAUCACAAACACCCAAACACGCAUCCAUCCAGCAAAGUACAUCUCUCAGCACUAUCACUUGUCCCAGCACACCCUUAUCGCUAGACAGACAAGUAUACAACCAUAAGCAAUGUCCGUUUAAGAUCGGAGAGAGAAGUAAGCACGGCUGUGCAAUCUUACAAGAAGAAACACACGCACACAUUUGACAUCUUUCUGUCGUAUAGCUUCCGCAUUUGACAAAAUGGGUUCACCUGCUGGAUCUGGACCAGCCUCUGUGGUAGGCCAAACGGCAACGAUCACAUCCCGAUAUCCCAAAUUGGAUGGCGUAUUGUAUCAUUUUUAUGCAAAAACAUCCGCUGUGAUCACUUCAUGCCGCCUAACACACUUUGAAGGAUCAGAACCUUUGGGUGGAAGUAGUUCAACCUCUUCACGACAAUUACGACAGCUCAGAAGGAAUUCCUCCGAAUCUGCAAGCGCAAGCACGGCGACCAAUCCAGGCGUGAAUCGAACUGGUUCUACGUCUGGAAGUACAGGCAGAAAGGUUAGCAAAUGGUUUGCGCUUGAUAUUGAUGAUCAAGAUGUCUUUCGAGAUGAGAUUAGGUUAUGGCGUAACAUAUCUACUUUGAUACCCAAUUGGCUUUUGGAUCAACCUCCUUCUACUUUGCCUCAUCAAGGUGCAGCAUAUGUCCCACCUAUGUUUCUCGACAUCGUUUUGGAUACGUCAAAUCUCACUUCGAGUCAUGUUCUCAUGAUUGAUGAAUUGCAAGACGAUCGCAGAACUAGACGAAGAGUACGAGUUGAUGGUCAAGAUACCGGUUCGAGUCCACGCAGAUCAGGCGAACGAUUAGAGCCUCAAGGUGACAAAGAACAAAGAGGCAGAGAUGAAGCGUUAGAUGUACAUCGAGAAAGCAUCCUUUUAGAAAGCUGGAGGUUAGACUUUGCCAUUCAUAAUCCGCCUAACCCUCCUGACCUGCCAACGUUAUACAAGCAUGCAACUGCACAUUUUCGCGAAGCUUAUGCAUUUGUGACCGAUUUACCGAGUUAUGCGCUACACAAACGUUUAAAACAGAUUUGGGAGAGCAAUUUGGAAAGAAGAAGAGCCAGAACGCAAGAAGGCAAUGUCAACGAUCUUGAAGAAGAGCAAGACGAAGAUGAUGAACUGGCAAAUUUGCUGAAGGUUGGCGUACGCAUGGCUAUAGGGAGACCAGGAGAAACGGAGGAAGGACAUAUUGGGCUUCGUGAGCCUGUAGGAUCAAUGAUGCAUUCUAGCGAUGGAUCAGGAAGGGUAACAAGGUCUUAUUCUUUCGCACCAAUCUUGACCCCUGUUGGCUCUUUGAGCUUUUCGGUGGAGUAUAGGCGAAAUGUGGACUUUUACGUGGAAGAUUGGCAUGUGAUUCAGAGUAUGCGUGAGAUUGCACUUGAUGAAGAUUAUUUCAAGCCAACGAUGGCAAAACAUCUUCAAAGACGUGCAUCUGUACAACGUCAAAGGCAAAACUCUCAAGGCUCCCUUUCAAGUUCACCAGCAUCUUUUGGCGAUAAGAGAUCUCUUUUGGCGCAAACUUCCAGUCAAAAGACGGGCGAAGAGCAUCCUUCCAGUCAUUCACCUUCGGAUACUACAGCUCCAAAAUCCACGCCAAGCGUAUUCGGUACUUCUCUAGGAUCGACAUCGGGAAGACCUGUGGCAGGUCUAUCGAAUCUACGUGCAAGUCCAUCUGUGGCCGGCUAUAGUGCCAGUCCAGCAACAGCAACUUUGGGUAGUUUGGCGAGUGGCAAUAGUGGUACAUCGAGCCCUGCUUUGUCGUCUGCUUUGACUUCUGAUGCAGCCUUUUUGACCCAUACAAGACGUCCAAGUAUCAGCAGCGGUAGUGAGAGACGGUUACGAUCUUUCACAUCUUUGGGUACAGGUCAAGACAAAGAAUCGCCGCCUUCACCCAGCGUUAGUGGGAGACCGAUCUUAUCAAGAACAUCGAUCAGCAACGCAUUCCCGCGGUCGGGGUCAUACACUACAAGUGAAUCCGCAGAAGAUCAUUCAAAGUCUUCUAAUGAAGGCAAUUCAACUUCAGGAACUUCUCGCGCAAUUACUCGUCGUGAUGAUCACCAUCCUUCUUCUCCGAUGCAAGUCUCAUCUAUCGCAUCAUCUGCAUUCCCACGUACUCGUGGGCUCAAUCGAACGCAAGUGGAUGAAAUGCUGCAAAAGAUGCAAAAUAGUGUGCGAGAAUACAGUACUUCAGUGGGCACCAGUCGUAGUAGUCCAGCAAGCGGAGGUCAUGCAACUUCUUCAUCAGGAGGACAAAGUCAACCUGGACAUUCUCCGCCCGUCCAGUAUGGCGGCUUACAAAGUACCAGCUUCACACGUAGUCCAUUGAGUAGAGGAUCUUAUAGUGCCACAACGUCUACAAAGCCGGCUGUUGAUCAAGAUGUAGGCUCUGCCCGUAAGAAUGUUCCAAUGGAAGCUAUUGCCAGUGGUGAUGGAGUUGAGAGUAGAGACGUAUCCUUAAGCAAUACCCACGAUAGAUUACUUGCUGCUGCUCCAAGUGUUGCACCAUCAAGGCAAGAAGCGUCAAGUGUGGCUCCUAUUGAUACCGCUCAAAACACAGACCAAGAAGGCGCUGCUGAUGCAAAGAGAGAUAGCCGAGAGGAAGCACGUUUAAGUCAUUCGCAUCCCGGACGUGCUCGAUCUCGUGGAUCACUGGAAUUGUACGCACCUCAUUCUUACGAUCCAUUGGAUGAUGAAACAGCUGGUCGAUUAGAGCUUGCAACAGAUGAAUCAUUGACGGAGAUGCGUAAUGCACAAGCACAAGGCCGUCAAGGUUUCCAUGGUGUGUCUGGCAUUAGUGGCGGUUAUGCAAAUAAUAAUGGUACUGAAGAAGAAUCGCGAAGAAGACUUGCAAAUAUGGAACUUGCACGUAAUUUCACAAACACAGUCAGCAAUCGCGGUGGAAAUGGUCGUUCGGCAUCAACUACGGGCAGAACGAGUAUGAGUCCUUGGCGACAAAGAGGUUUUCAUCCUGCUCCAAGUGGAACGGUAACCAAUAGUCCGGGCGAUGUUCAUUCUACGCAUUUCCAUAGCGCUCAUCCUUAUCAUCAUGCACAUCAAAGUCACUUGAAUGCUUCAAGACACGCACAAACAACAAGUUCAAGUAACACCCCUCCCGCAAAUCGAAGUGGUCGUUCUAGUACUGUUCAACCUUCAUCACCUGCGGGUAGUCCUCCAAUGGACUAAACGAACGGCCUCUCCCCAAUCGUCACCUCUCAUCGUUCCGUUGGCAAAAAUAAUUAUUAAUAUCUUGCAAUAGGACUAGUAUACAUGCAACUAAAGCGUUGUGUAAUGGUUAGGUAGAAGAUUCUUCGAGAAGUAGAUCAAUGAGUUCAGAUGGUCCGAU